CCGUCCAAUCACAGUGAAUGCGGACGUCAGCAGCACAAUCAACAGAAGUACUAAUUGUUUCUCUCCGACAGAUGAAUUUCUAUUUCUCUGAGAGACAAAUCAGCCCUUCCUCCUGAGUGCUGCCUACUCCGAAGAACCUCUCAUCUCACUCACACGGCUCUCCAUCACGUGACCAGGUCUUUCUCACAGGCUACAAGUGAAGACGGACACAUCGGGGACGCAACUGUGCCCGUCCUCAUCCAAUUCCAAGGGCAGAGCAGUGCCACCCACCAGUGCCAUGGCUGGCAUCACUAUCCGGAGAUUUGAGGAAGACGACAAGGAGGCCGUGAAGGAGAUCUUCACCAUGGGGAUGAGCGAGCACGUCCCCUCCUCCUUCAUGCACCUCCUCAAACAGCCCCUGACCCAGAUGAUCCUGAUGGUCACGUUCUGCGCCCUGCUGGCCAGCUCCAAGUCAUUCCUGCUGCCUGUAGUAGGGGUCACACUCCUCCUGGCCGGGGCCAAGCAGCUGGUGGGCUACCUCUUCAACAGCUACAUCGACACCUCCCUGAGGAAGGACCUCGACCACAUCCAGGAGACCUACCUGGAGAACAAGGACUCGUGUUUCUGGGUGGCUGAGAGCGACGGCCGGGCGGUGGGUUCGGUGGCCUGCCUGCCCGCGGAGAGGGCACCAGGCUGCAUGGAGCUGAAGAGGUUGUCUGUACGCCGGACACACCGGAGGAUGGGUAUCGCCAAGGCCCUCAGCAGGACAGUGGCAGACUUCAGCAGGGAGAGAGGCUUCCCUGCGGUCGUCCUCUACACGUCUGUAGUGCAGACUGAUGCACAGAGGCUGUAUGAGAACGUGGGCUACACACGGGUCAGAGAGUUCGUCAUCCCAGAGCCCAUCGCCAAAAUCACCAACUUUACCCUGAUAGAGUACAGACUGGACUUACUGCAGGGGGGGAAAUAGGAGGUGGACUUACUGCAGGGGGAAUAGGAGGAGGACUGGACUUACUGCAGGGUGGGAAUAGGAAGAGGACUGGACUUACUGCAGGGGGGGAAUAGGAAGAGGACUGGACUUACUGCAGGGGGAAUAGGAGGAGGACUGGACUUACUGCAGGGGAAAUAGGAGGAGGACUGGACUUACUGCAGGGGGGAAUAGGAGGAGGACUGGACUUACUGCAAGGGGGGAAAUAGGAGGAGGACUGGACUUACUGCAGGUGGAAUAGGAGGAGGACUGGACUCACUGCAGGGGGGGAAAUAGGAGGAGGACUGGACUUACUGCAGGGGGAAUAGGAGGAGGACUGGACUUACUGCAGGGGGGGAAAUAGGGUGAGGACAGGACUUACUGCAGGGGGAAUAGGAGGAGGACUGGACUCACUGCAGGGGGGGAAAUAGGAGGAGGACUGGACUUACUGCAGGGGGAAUAGGAGGAGGACAGGACUCACUGCAGGGGGGGGAAAUAGGAGGAGGACUGGACUUACUGCAGGGGGGAAAUAGGAGGAGGACUGGACUUACUGCAGGGGGAAUAGGAGGAGGACUGGACUCACUGCAGGGGGUGAAAGGAAAGUUAUAAUAUCUGUACAUUAUAGGAACAGCUGUAUUUACAAAAGUACAAUGAUUAAUGUUUUACUUUAGGUUGAGUUAACUAAGAAUCAGUGGUAGAGACUUUAUACAUGCAUGACGAGGUCAACUGUACAUAAGUCAGAUGCCUGUUUUGUUGAAACUGUACUUUCAGUUCCUGUUGAUAAUAUUUUCCAGUCUUACUUCUGCUAGCACAUGAUAACAAUAAGAGGAAGAAGGCUUGGGAGACCCACUGCCAAUAACACAAAAAGCUGAACUCUGCCUAGCAGAGACAUCUUUGUAAUAAAGUUUAAGGGACAUCAGCCUGGGUGGGGUGAACCUCAGUAGGGGAUAAAAAGGGAAAACACCAUCUUGAGAACUGAGUGUGUUUCUUGCAAAUGACUGUAAGUGUAAACUCCAGCUUGCAAUCCUUAUUAAACAAACAAACCUCUGAUCAAA